AUGGUGUUAAACUACCUAGCUGCGUGCGAAAUCAAGGACUCCUGGGGCCAAGUAUUUAACGACAUUAAUGUGGAUGGUCCAGAUUAUGUGUACUCCAUGGCACGCGCCUUCACAUUCUUAAGACUCAAGAUUGAAGAAUACCUAGAGCAAGUGAAAGAAGAACAAAAGGGGGAUCGUAUAAUAGACUUGACAUUCCUUGCACACGGUGAAGUCCAAGGUCCAAUGCUUCCUUGCGCUGCACAUUACCUAAGUGAUCGAGUAGAUUCUAUCACUUUGUACCAGCCUUGGGGCUGUGCUCUCCAUACGAGUGCUGCUUAUGGGAUAGCUACAGGGAAUAUUAGGCCCCAGAUGGUCAGUUACACAGGUGUUGUACUACCAGCCAAGCCAUCCGACUGGAACACCCUGCCGAAAGAUUACACGUACAUCCCGGAGGUGGUCUUCAAUCGCGUAAGUAGCACCGAAAGCGCCUGGCAAAUGUUGUUACACCUAUUCAAUGUGCUCAAAGGGAAAACUCGUGGACUUGUCAUACCUUAUUUCCAACCCCCAAAUGUUACAGAUCUUCAAGAGAUCCGUCUAUGGGUACUAAGCAAUGCCGUAGCCCUUUUGGGUUGGAUUUUGAACAAGCGAUUUAGAAUCCACAUUGCUGCGUGUCUUCUACCUAAUAAAAAAACCCCUCUGACCACAAAAAUCUACAAGACAAAUCCUUGGAAAACCGUUGACUGCCCUCAGUACUGCGUUGUGCCUAUCCACGGUGUUGAGGUCACCAUGAAGAUUCCAGAAUUUGAUGUCCCAGAAGACGUGCAGCAGGCGCUUGGCGUGCUUAAUACGUUACUUGGGACGCCAGAGUCUGAAAUUUGCCUUGAUGAACAAUAA